AUGAGCCGGCUUGGUAGAGCGAAGAAGAGACAUGUCGUCGACGCUUUUGGUGCCAAUACUUGCGGCGCGGUCGGUAUCAUGCCACCGGAGCCCGCGGCCCGCGACAAUGGUAUCCAAGGGGACCCUUUCGCAACGUACAUUAUCGGGAUUCUGAACCUAGUGCUCCCCGAACACCUCCCCGCAAUCGCCGUUCAAGACGAGAAGCCACCCAUUCACACGUCUGCUCGGCCCGCCCGUGCACCAACCCGCAUUGGACUGCCUACCGCAACGCCUUACAGAACUUGGGGAUGGGUCUGCUGUGAGAUCCGUGCUACUUUGCGCGCCGCCCUCGCUAAUGCCAUAUCAAGUGCCCUUGGAACGCCUCUUGACUGGCCAGAGGCCAAGAAAGUUGCUGGCCAGCAAUUACUCGCUAUCUGGCGCAAUGCUAAAGGCAAGGAGAGGGAUGCCCUUCUUUGGGGAGAUGAGAUCGAGUACUUGGUUGUUUGCUAUGACCAGGACAACCGCAAGGUCCGACUAUCGCUCCGCCAGGCCGAUAUCCUGGCUGCGCUGGCCAACGAUGAAAAGCUUCUGCAGCAGGGCGGCGGAGUACCUGACUUGCAAACCGGAGACGCCGACGCGAAGGAAAACCCGGCGCCGGUGUUCCAUCCUGAGUUCGGCAGAUUCAUGCUCGAAGCAACUCCUGGGAAGCCCUGGGGCAUUGGCUUCAAGGACCUGCUUGACGUUGAACCAAACAUGAAAUGGAGACGAACCAUAGCGAAGGAUCACAUGGCACAGACCGAGUUUCCAAUCACAUUAACGACGUUCCCUCGUCUUGGAUCGGCCGAUUGUAUCGUACCAUCAUAUCCUGUUUCAGGACCCAAGCUGCGCUCCCAGUUUGUUCCGGACGAAAUUGCCAAUCCACACAUUCGCUUUCCCACACUUGCAGCAAACAUUCGUUGGCGAAGGGGCCGGAAGGUCGAAGUAAACGUCCCUGUGUUCAAGGACGAGAACACGCCAUGGCCGUGGAAGGAUCCUACAGUCAACUAUGACAUGCAUAACUGGCCUGAAGAUGACGACGUGCGCAAUGGUGCUGCCAAGGACAACUACAUCCACAUGGAUGCCAUGGCUUUUGGCAUGGGAAGCUGCUGUCUGCAGAUCACUUUCCAAGCAAAGAACAUUGAAGAGGGAAGGAAGAUGUACGACCAGCUCAGCCCGAUAGCACCUAUCCUGCUAGCAUUGACGGCGGCGACCCCCAUCUACAAGGGCUUCCUGGCCGACACCGAUGUGCGGUGGAACCAGAUUAGCAGGGCAGUCGAUGAUCGUACGCCCGAAGAACUUGGGGAGAAGUCGCUCAAGAACGACCGAUGGCGACUACCCAAAUCUCGCUACGCAUCAAACUCAACCUAUAUCUCCCAAGAUCCUCGCCUACGCCCUGAGUAUCUCGACCCGGAUCUCAUUAUUGACAGCGACAUCAAGCAACGGCUAGUCGAGGGUGGUAUGGACGAUCUACUAGCGACACACUUUGCUCACCUGUUCAUCCGCGAUCCCAUUGUCGUUUUUGCCGAAGAUCUUCAAGAGCUGGACCUUACCAAGGCCGACCACUUUGAAAACCUGCAGUCGACCAAUUGGCAGCACAUGCGCUUCAAGCCACCGCCAGCUGGCUCCGACAUGGGCUGGCGCGUCGAGUUCCGGCCCAUGGAGAUCCAAAUCACAGAUUUCGAAAAUGCUGCAUUUUCGAUCUUCAUUGUGCUACUGACCCGUGCUAUCCUCUCAUUCAACCUCAACUUCUACAUUCCCAUCACGCUAGUGAGCGAGAACAUGGAAACGGCGCACAUUCGCGACGCUGUAUCGACGCAGAAAUUCUGGUUCCGAAAGGACCCUUUCUCGACACACAAGUCGGGCGGAACGGGUACAUCUACACCAGCUGGAAAUGCCAGUCGCCCAGCGACGCCCACCGGCCCAGUGGAAGACGAGUACGAGCAGAUGACUAUCAAUGAAGUCAUCAACGGAAAGACUACUUCCGAUGGUAAUGGCUUCCCGGGUCUCAUCCCGCUUGUGGAAUCCUACCUCAACAGCAUGAAUGUCGAUGUUGAAACACGAUGCGAUCUCGCCACGUACCUGGACUUGAUCCGCAAACGCGCCAAUGGUACAUACUGGACUGCGGCCAAGUGGAUCAGGCAUUUCGUUCAGACGCAUCCAAACUACAAGAAGGAUAGCGUUGUUGGAGACGACAUCACAUACGAUGUCGUCAAGGCUGCCGAGCAGAUUACACGUGAGGAAGGCAAGGAUGGCUUGGGUGUGGAGAUGCUUGGCAAGCGUCGUUGA